AUGGCACCCGAACCGAAGCAGGACUCAAAGGAUCCCCCGGGUUCCGACGCGGCCCUGCCUGAACCCCCGCCCAUCCACCCGUCCUUCAUCCAGGUAGCGAAGCCUUAUAUCUUCGAGCAAACCAUCCAGAAAUGCAUGGCCUCCAUGGCGAUCAAUCCUCUGCGCGAGGAGAAUCUCCGCCUGCAGGGUGUCACCUGGAUCGAUAAUGUUCGCCGUGAGCUUAAUCUGCCCAUUCGAACCUUUAACACUGCUGUGAUUUAUUACCACAAGUUCCGACUGAACCACCACGACUCGGAGUACAAUAACAUGGAUGCUGCUGCGGCUUCGCUGUUCAUUGCCUGCAAGAUCGAAGACACGCUUAAGAAGUCGCGUGAGAUUAUAUGCGCCGCGUAUAAUUUAAAGCAACCGCAAUCCGAACAAAUCUCUCCGGAUAACCAGGUGCUCGAUGAACCCGCCCGAGGCAUUAUCGGUUUAGAGAGACUUAUGCUCGAGAGCUCUGGAUUUGAUUUCCGGACGCGCCAUCCGCAGAAAACGUUGAUCAAGCUAGCUAGAAAAUACGGCCUUGGACCGCAAUCGGAAGUAUCGAACGUUGCCUACCGUAUUUCGCAAGAUAUCUACCGCACCUUUGCGCCGAUUAAGCAGACCACAUCAACAAUGGCAUUCAGCUGCCUCGAGCUUGCGGGUCGUUUGCUCGAACAACGGAUUGAAGCAGUGGAACUUGGAGUAGACUAUGCGAAGUGGGAAACAAGCCGGGAGGAGGUCAUGGAAACCCUCCUUGAUCUCCUUGAGUUAUACACUCACCACCGCAGCUCUACUUCUGUCGGGCCUCACUUCCCUGCCGACCGAUUCCUUACUGUGCGGAUACCCCUGAAUAAGGAAGCGGAAGAACAGAGACUGCCACGCUACACCCACUCGACAGAGGAAGGAAAAUCUCCAAACGUCUCGCAGAAGGGGCCAACAACCAAUGGGUCGGCAAAUGAUGAGAAGGAUACGUCCGGCUAUCAUCCUCUUAUCCCAGCCACAGCCCACGGGGAACGCCCGAAAGCAGGAGAGAAGGGCCGGGACGCGGCAGUCCGGUUUAUUGUCGAUUCUGAGUACGCAGCGGCCGAGAAAGCUCGCGUCGCCGAGUAUUUCAAGGUUGAAAUGGAAGAAUAUGAGGUAGAGGAAUGA